GAUUCGUUUGAUCUUGCAAUAGCAGAUGUUAAAAACCAUGCAAAUGAACAAGGAUUCAGUGCAAGCAUUGAAUUCUCUAGAGAAUAUGGUGUCUAUCUUAGGUACAUUCAUUCUGGAAAACAAAGAGAUAAUUUUGAUCUUUUAAAUCAACAUGAUAAGCAAUCCAAAAAAAAGAUUGUCCAUGGAAAGAAAAUAUUAGAAAUUCAAAGACUCAAGUAA